AAAUAUGAAUACAUAAAUGUGACAAAAUUACUUGUAACAAAAAAGUGUAAAGCAAAAAAAAAAUAGAGGUGAAAAGUGCACCAAACGUUAAUUCCAUAUCAACAAAAAGAAAAAGAAAAAAAACGUUUAAUCGCCGCAGGUGUCCUUCGCUCAACCGCAUAAUCGACACACAUAAAUUCAUUCAAAAUGAUUAACAAUAAUUUGGAUUAUGAGCGUAAUAGCAAUAUUGCGCCAGCGGGUGUUGCUGACAGCACAGCAACAGCGCGCGCCACGCCGCCAGCCACUAUUUCGCCAACAACUGCGAACCGCAACAAUCAGAAUAGCAACACCAACACCAACACCAACAACAGCAAUCAGCACACCAGCAUCGACAAUGGCAGCUACUUUAAUCGUUUCGACAAUCGCAUUGCCGCCAAUUUGGCUGCUGUGUUGACGGGUGCACGCUUCCGUUCGUCGUCCACAUCGUCCACGUCGUCGUCACCCGCGAAGACACUGCAGCGAGCAAAGAAUGCGAAUAAUCUCGCCAACACGCCGAAUUCAAGUACAAAUAUGCAUACUGUUGGCAAAGCUAUUGGUAAUCACUAUAAUGGUGUCUCCACAUUGGGUGGUGUUCGAAAACCACCCACAUAUCUGCCGCUGCGCCACGGUGUCGUCGGUGAUACGCGACCCUCAUCGCCCAUGCUGAAUGGCUCAGUGGGGCGCAAUCGACGACCAAUGCAUUUAUUCACGCAGGCGAAUUUAAACUGCAAUGAUAACGAGAAAGCCGUGCAACAUACACCACCCAGUUCGGACGAGGAUAACUCACCCACAGAGCUGAAUAAUUGCAAGCGUUUGGCCGACAAACCGCCGCUGCUGCCACCACCACCACCACCACCACCACCACCACCAGUGUCAAUGCCACUGCCACUAACACUGCUAAACAAACAGCAUGCAAAAAGCAAAUCAACACACACACACCCACUCAUACUUCUCAACCUAACCCAACCCAAUAGCUGGUUGUUUGUUGUUAGCGCAACAACGGUGUUGUACAAAUAA